CACUGAAUGCAGAGUUUUCCUUCCUUUAUUUCGCCAUUAACAUCUUUUACUGCAACGAGUCUGAUCUGAGAAUGGAACCAGCCCACACCCACUAACUUCAGAUGCUUUUCCUGCAUGGAAAUACACACAGAUUACCGAGAAAGAAAAUGAAAUAGUUUGGAUAUCAUGUUCCUAAAGCUUGAGUUAUGUAAUGAAGAUUUCAACAAAAAAAUCAUAGCGAUGGUUAAGUGAUAUCAGAAUUGAGAAGUGGAUUUCGCAGUGAAGCGGUUUUAGUGGUGAAGAUGGUGAGUGGGGCCAAAUACUGCUGGUCGGUGGUUCCAGUGCGGAGGAAAUGUGGUGCCCUUCUCAUCCCUCUGUGUGUGUUGGUGGCUUUCACCUACUUCCUCGGUCAGAGUUACUUCCCCUUUUUACGUAUGAUCAAGUUGAGAGAAAAGUUAAACAACAGGUUUGUAAGUGAUCUUUACAGACUUCAACCACAAGUCGUUAUACUUCAGACAGAUUUCAAUAUAACAACGACUGUAUCCGUCACUCCAAAGAAUGGAACGGACGAUUCGGAGGCAUUUCGAAAUUCCCAUAUUAUGAUAAGCACCGGAAAUGGCCGUCUGGGUAACAAAAUGUUUGAGUUUGCUUCUCUGCUGGGAAUUGCCAAACGUCACAACUACAAACCCAUGAUUCUGCGAAGGAAUUCAUUGCUGCAGACGUUCGACAUCUCGCAAGUGACCGACAGACAACCAGUGAAUUUAAAAGGUCUCGGCGAAAGAGGCGCAGGUGUUUAUGACGUCUCCAUGGAAACAUUGAGUCAUGACAAAAAUUAUUCCUUAGGAGGAUUUUAUCAGAGUUGGAAAUAUUUUGAUUUCAUGAGUCAAGAAGUUCGGAACACGUUCAAAUUCAAGUCAAGCUUUCGAGACAAAGCCCAACAGGCUUUGACUUCUUUAAAUAUCGGCAGGAACUUAACCAUUGGUGUUCAUGUGCGGAGAGGUGACAUGAAUAGCAAGCGUGAACUAUCUCGGGGCUACAAUGUAGCCACAAGGGAAUAUUUCAUGAAAGCUUUCAAGUAUUUUAGAGACAAGUUCAAACACUUGCUUUUUCUAGUGGUAAGUGACGACUUAAACUGGUGUCGAAGCAAUAUAAAAGGCGACGACGUCCAAUUCGUGGCGACGGGGAGCGCAGGAAGUGACCUGGCCUUUCUUUCGCAGUGUAACCACAGCGUGAUAUCUACCGGGAGUUUCGGAUGGUGGGGAGCGUAUUUGACAGGUGGGGAGGUGGUGUAUUACCGGAACUUUCCGGCCAAUAACAGCUGGCUGAUAAAGCAGUAUAAUAGGACCGAGUAUUACCCAUUGCGCUGGAUCGGAAUGGAGUAAACGAAAAAAAAUACCAAACCAAUUUUUUUUUCCCAAGUCAUGUUGAAUUCCAAUAUUUUGCUGAGAAAUCCUGUCUUCAAUUUACCAAUUUACAUUUUCUUGUACACGUCAUUGAACGUUUCACUUACUAUUUUUGCUCUCUCUUAUAUAUACAAAAGGUUUUUACUUUUUAUUUUUCUUGAAUCACUAUACCAGUAUAUAUAGUAUAUUUAAACAUGUAAAGAUUUUUUAAUUAAGGCAAAUCUUCCUUAUAGUGUGAGGAGUUUGUUACAUGUAUUUGCCCACUUUUGAGCUUUCUUCUCAUUUAAACCCACAAUCUGAUAAAAAUUAGAUCUCUCUUACACUCCGAAAUUCUGAUCAUCGCUGUCAGAAUUUCAGAGUGUAACAAAAAUCUGAUUUUAAUUUGAUUGGUUAUACACACUGUGAUAAUUUACUGUUGAUUACAAAAACAGUUCUAUGACGGGCUGCAAUACAUGAACAACUGUGAAUAGGGUCAUUGUUUUGAAUGUUGAAGUGAUAAAAUGUAAAUGGGCUCAAUACUGCCAUGUUUGUUUUACCAAUGGCCAUGUUUGCCGUUGGGCAACUUACACACACAUGUAUAUAUAUAGUUUAGUUUAGUCAGCAUUGAUUUUUCUUUUUUACAAACAAGGUUUAAUGUAAUUAUGCAUUUCCCUUUUUAGAACGUAAAUAUAUCCUGAUAAUUCAUAGAGAGAAAAAAUCCAUGAGGUUUAUUCUGGUAUAUUAACGUUUUGAUCUGUCUUUAUCUGUGAUAAUAUUACGAAUCAAUUUUGAACAUAGCAUGUGCUACUUAAAAAAGAAUGGUUUUGAAAUUAUGUUGUUUUAAAGUGUAAAAUUGUAAAUAAUAUAAACAUUAGUAAUGGUAAUAAGGAAUCAUUCUUUAAAUAUUAUGAGGUGAUAAUUUCGGUCCAGCGGGCUUUAUUGGAUUUGACCACGCCCCAACCAAAAUAAUCACAUCAUAAUACUUUACGCAAAGAAUGAUUCCUUAUUCCUUAAAUAACAACAAAUGGGACAUAAUUGCGUUUAAGACUUCAAUUAACUGAAGUAAAGACCAGUUCAGGCAAAUUCUCAAAAACUUAAAAUAAUUAUAUUUGUAUCUAGUCUGUGGAAAUACAGUGUUUUUAAAGCUGUUCCAGAAUCAUGUUCACAUUUCUCAUAUACUAGUAUAAUACAUAUUUGACUAUCUAGAGACAAUGUAGACAUCAGUAGAUCUAUAUUUGAAUAUAUUUAGAUAGAAUUAUAAUCAGUUUUAUUUAAAAGUUUUUAAUUACCAGUAUUCUUAACCAAUUCAUUCAAAUCUUCCUCCAACACCAACAUCUAUUUAUAUUUCAUGAUUUAUACAUUAUGUUAUUUGAUACAGUUCCAAUUUAAGUUUUCAUUCCCUUGAUGUGAUGUCUAUAUAUUUUUAUACUGCGUAAGUAUCAAGUUUUUACUAUUAUACUAUACUAUUAUUAUUUACUAUUAUACUAUAAACAUUCCAGUUUUGUCCCCACUUUCUUUUAUUUAAAAGUUUAUCAAUGAACUAUACAUUCCAUAAUUGUGAAGUUAAACAAUUGUGAGUUAUUUUUAAGUGAUAUUGUACAGUUAUUAUCAAUGUUAUUAUCAAUGUAAUUUUUGUAUGUCCAUUGAUACACCAAUACAAGUUGAUAUUUCCAUGUGACCAUGUGUUGGGUUGAAUUUCAACAAUGAACUAUGCGUGGAUCCAGAGUUUUUUCCAGGGAGGAUAUGAGGGAUAUUUAAUUUGAGUUUU